CUGCCGUAGUUGUAUAGAACUUCCGGUACAGAUGAUAAUGAAGAAUUAAAAAAUAAAACUGCUUAAUUGUGUUUUUAUUUUGAGGAUGAUCUCCUCAGAGUUAUCACACGAAGAAGAAAAGCUUAUAGACACGUUUUGCAAGAAAGUGAACACAUACCGCCAACAUGAGAGUAAGCCACCAAUACCACGAAAUACGGCCGUCAAAUUCCUUAUGGCUAGGAAAUUUGAAUACAACCGUGCUGCAGAAUUGUACCAUGCACAUGAGGACAUGCGGGAGAAAGAAAACCUGCAAUUCAUUGACGUUGCAGAGGCACCUUUUCAGAAAGAAUUGAAGACUGGCAAGUUUACAGUUCUUUCCGGUAGAGACUGUCAUGGUGCAGGUAUUGCGCUGUUUACCGCCCGGCUACACCAACCAAGUGAGACGACCCACCAGACUGUGCUGAAGGCUCUCAUUUACCUGCUGGAUGCUGCUUUGGAGAGCCGUGAGACUCAACGUAACGGUCUUGUGUUUGUUUACGACAUGUCUGACUCUAAGUACGGAAACUUUGACUACGACCUCAGCAUUAAGAUACUCAACAUGUUGAAGGGUGCAUAUCCAGCGAGACUGAAAAAAGUUCUCAUCGUGACUGCUCCACUCUGGUUUAAAGCCCCCUUUAAGAUACUGCGCCUCUUUGUCAGAGAAAAACUGCGAGAUCGGGUGUACACAGUGAACCAAAACCAGUUGCUAGAACACAUUCCUAGGGACUCGCUGCCCAAUAAGUUUGGCGGCAACCUUAAGGUCGACCACAAGCACUGGCUGCAGGUUUGUGCCAUCAUCCACCAGACAAAUGACCAGGAGGUCAUCAACGCGUACUUUGUGUCGCGCAAACGAUCAUUGAUGUCGCAAGGUUCGAGCGAUAAUUCUGAGUUUGUUCACAUCGAUGGUAUCGAAUCUGAGGACUCGAAAGAGAGUGUGACUGAAAAACAGAGCAAUGAAGGGCAUGAAAAGAAUGAUGUCAUUGAUAGAAAUGGCUUUGAAAAGGAAGUUAACUUUGAAAAGGAGGACAAUCGUAAUCACUCUAAACGAAGACGCAAUUCUGGUAAUCAGACAAGUAAGCAUUCUAAUGGUUGGUCUCCCAAUGACGUCAAUGAAUCUUACCCAGUAGAUGCGUAUGGUGCUCCCAAACCAUGCAAGAAGCGGUCAGGGUCAGGUGCUGACCAGUCAAUGCACAUCCCAGAGCAGGGGGGCAUGACAGUAGAGGAGCUGGUAGAGCAUGUUAAAUCCCUUGGCAAGAAAGGCCUGCAUGAAGAAUAUGGCCUCAUAAGAAGGGAACCACCUGCGGGUACCUUUGAAGUUUCAAAGGCCAAGCACAAUGUGCCCAAGAACCGCUACUCUGACGUGCUGUGCCUGGACCACUCACGGUUCAUACUGCCUGCUGAGGAGAACGACCCCUCCUCAGACUAUAUUAACGCUAACUUUGUUGACGGGUACAUGCAGAAAUAUGCCUAUAUCAGCACACAGGGUCCAUUGCCGAAGACGUUUGCCGACUUCUGGCGGAUGGUUUGGUUGUCCCAGUGCGUCACAAUAGUGAUGACUACCAAGACGCAGGAGAAGGGUCGUGUAAAGUGUGGUCAGUACUGGCCGGAGCAGACCGGUUUGCUGGAGUGUGGAGAGUUCAUAGUGACCAGCACAGCUAUUGAGCAGAAUAGAGAAUACACUAUCACAACGCUAAGGCUACUUAAUACUAAUACUUCAGAAUCGCGGUCAGUUCAGCACCUACAGUUCACAAGCUGGCCGGACUAUGGGAUUCCGCCAGCCUCUGGGUUCCUGGAAUUCAUACUGCGUGUUCGAGCAUGCCAGGCUGAGAACACCCGGCUACUGGAACCUUCAUGGCAGGGACACCCGCUGGGGCCACCCAUGGUUGUACACUGCAGUGCUGGCAUUGGACGAACAGGUACCUUCAUCAACACUGACAUCAGUCUAAGUCGCUUGGACCACAUCCACACGGUGAAUAUUCGUGAGACGGUACGCCGGAUCCGAUCACAGCGCGCCUUCAGCAUCCAAAUGCCAGACCAGUAUGUGUUCUGUCACCUUGCUGUGAUAGAGUACGCCAAAAAACAUGGACUCCUUAGUGAAGAGUGUCCUGUAUUGGAAGACAGUGACAGUGAAGGGUUUUAACCAGAUCUGUCAAGGACUCUGUGACGCAGAAAAAUGCUAGGCGGAUAAAAAGUUGUUUGUUUUUCAUUAACACUCCUAAAAUAUGAGAAAGACAGGUGGUCCAUAAUUUGUGUUUCAUUUGAAAAAAGUACCAUCCAGUUGUUAUUACCAAUUUAAAUAAGGACGUUCAAUGCAAAAAGUUUCUCUCUGCCCAAAAGUAUUUUAUUUGUAAACGUUAAAUUUGCUAAUAUGAUCAAAUGUAGCUAAAAAGAUUGAAAACUAAUCCUGGAAUACAAAAAGGUUGAGACAUUGUAAUCAAAUAAGGGUCUGUUGUGCUAGUGAAAACAAACACAUUUUUAACACCUUAUGAGUAAUAUUAUGUGCAAUCAGUUUUUUCUUUGAUGUUUAUUGUUAAAAUUGAUUUAGGGCCAUGUUUUCCUGUUGAUCUGUAUUGUGUCUGUCUGAACAUUAACAUGUGUGUGAAUUGUACAUAUUUUUAGCUCACCUGAGCACAAGGUGCUCAUGGUGAGCUUUUGUGAUCGCCUUUUGUCCAACGUCCAUCGUGCGUUGUCCGUUGUGCGACGUCAUCAUUUGCCUCUAUAGAAGCCACAUUUAUUGUCCAAUCUUCAUGAAAUUUGGUCAGAAGAUUGGUCUCAAUGAUAUCUUGGAUGAGUUCGAAAAUGGUUACGUUUGCUUGAAAAACAUGGCUGCCAAGGGGCGGGGCAUUUUUCCUAAUAUGGCUAUAUAUGGCUAUAGCAAAAUCUUGUUAACACUCUAGAGGCCACAUUUAUUGUCCGAUCCUCAUAAAACUUGGUCAGAAGAUUCAUCCCAAUGAUAUCUUGGACGAGUUCAAAAAUGAUGUCGGUUGGUUGAAAAACAUGGCUGCCAAGCAUUUUUCCUUAUAUGGCUAUAUACAUGUACAUGUAUGGCUAUAGUUAAAUCUGUUUAACUUUCUAGUUUGCUCAAUCUUCAUGAAAUUUGGUCAGAACAUUUGUUUCCUGUGCAGUAAAGUUUGGUUUUAUUAUGUCAAUAUUAUGUGACAUUAACUGUACAAUGUUAUUUUUCAUAACACAGAAUUUUCAUAGUUAACAUAACUGUUUUAGUCAUUUACACUUAUGAUAAGCCUUUCAACUAAGAGAUAACUGAAAGAAAGACAACAUGUACAUGAUUUUGCAGUGUUUAUGCAGUAUUUAUCUCCCUUGUUUAACCUGGUUCAGUAAUCCAUUUUUAGUUUUGCUCUGGAAUUUGGGAAGAUAUUAAUCAUUGAUAAAUGCACUGUUCUGAGGGAAAAUUGACUACUCUGCCAUUGAUCUCUUCUGAACUGUAUAAAACAAGCUGUUUUGGCUGAUUUAAACACCUCUUGAUGCUUUCUUGAAAAGUUAACAGCUCUUGAAAAAGGUUGGAGUUUUGAAAUAAUUAAACUCUAAAUUAUUUUAAACACCAGCAUAAAGACAUUUUGGCAUUAUUUUCUAAAUUAUUCUUAUUAUUUAGAUUAUUUUUAUUUGGCAUUUUCUAAAUAAGAAAGACUCUAUUCUAUUUCAAUAACUGUAGUAAAUUUUUCUUAUUUUUUUAUUUGAUUCACUGAAGUUUCCUAAUCUCCAUAAAUUUUGUUCUUUAGAUUAAAUUAGACCUAUUUUGUAAACUACAUCAGUUUUUUGACAGAUUUUGAAUUUCUUUUUACAUUCAUUAAGGUAUUUACUGUAUGUUGUUCAUUUUUGUAACGAUACUUAGAUUCUUUAGACUUGGCUUGUACCUGUUCUUAAUUUUCUGUCAUUGUUCUUCAUUUUCCGAGUUCUUGGAACAAAAAUUAGUUAUUUUUGUAAAAGCUGCCUUGGUUUUCACUUAAAAAUAAAUUCUUUGAGUGUAUUUAGGCGUCCCUGACUGAACGCCUUUAGUUAAUUGAAUUACAACCAGUCAGUAUAGUCAUCCUGACCGGAAAUAAGAGUUCAGCAUUACAUAAGUGCUCACAAAGUUACAAAACUGUUACCGUCCUGUGACCGGUUCAUUUGCGUAAGCGAAGGAGUCCGCACUACCACACCUGGAUAGGGCAGUUGAGUUCGAUAAUGAUUUGGAUUGGUAAAAAACAUGGCAGCCAGGGGGGGGGGUCUUUUUCCUUAUAUUUAUAUAGUAAAAAAGCUUGUGAACACUCUAGAAGUCAUAUGUUUUGCCUUAUCAUCAUGAAAUUUUGUCAAAACAUUAGUUAUGUGGAUGUCUCGGACGAGUUUGAAAAUGGUCCUGAUCAGUGAAAAAACAUGGCUGCCAGGGAGUGGGGCAGUUUUCUGUAUAUGUAUAUAGUGACAACAUGUGAACAGUCUAGAAAACACAUUUUUUUACCAGUCUUCAUGAAAUUUGGACAUAUCUUGGAAGAGUUAAAAAAUGGUUCAGGUCUGUUAAAAAAAACAUGGCCGCCAAGGUGCCAUUUGUUGUUCAUUCUUCAUGAUACUUGGUAAGAACAUUUGUUCCAUUGAUAUCUCAGGUGAGCGACUUUGGGCCUUUCAGGCCCUCGUGAUUCUCUUUUUGAGGAAACACUUUUUUCCAUCAACUGUAUAAAAUUAUUAUUAUUAUUUUAAAUAUUAUUAUAAUAGCAUUUUUGUUCCAUUGUUAUCAUACCCCCACAAACGAAGUUUAAGGGGGAAUAUAGAAGUGAGCUUGUCUGUCUGUCGGUCGGUCGGUCCGUAUGUAGUGUCCGCUCUUUAUUUCAAGUUGUUUUCAUCCGAUCCUCACAAACUUGGUCAGAUGUUGUAUCUAGAUGAUAUCUAGGUCAAGUUCGAGUAUGGGUCAUGCCAGUCAAAAACUAGGUCACGGGGUCACUUAGUGCGUUUUAAACAUUUAGCAUGGUUUCCGCUCUCUAAUUCAAGUAGUUAUCAUCUGAGCUUCACCAAACUUGGUCAGAAGUUGUAUCUAGAUAUUGUCUAGGCGAAGUUCAAACAUGGGUCAUGGCAUGUCAAAAACUAGGUCACUGGGUCACUUAGUGCGCUUUGAACAUUGAGCAUGGUGUCCGCUCUCUACUUCAAGUAGUGUUUAUCCGAUCUUCACCACACUUGGUCAGAAGUUGUUUCUAGAUGAUGUGUUGGUCAAGUUCAAACAUGGGGGAUGCCGAGUCAAAAACUAGGUCAUGGGGUCACUAUGUGCGUUUGAAACAUUGAGCAUGGUGUCUGCUGUUUUUUUGUGAAGACAACAUGCAAAAUAUUCUGUGUCAAUGCGGAAUGUGAGGGUAUUAGUCACGUCUGUGACAAAGCUCUAGUUUUGAAAUUAAUUUAAAUUGCCUGUUAUUUUCUUUUGAUUAUUUUUUCAACAUUUUACAUUGAACAAAAUUCAAUUACAGUAGUUGCUUAUAAUAAAAGAUUUAUUUAGAGUAGGGAUGUCACUCGAUGACGGAAAUCGUAUUUGCUGUUGGUAUGCGAUAUCUGGAUACUUUGGGGAUACUGUAUAGAUCUUUAAUAUCAGUGGAAAUGUGCAGUGGUAACAAUAUUUUCUCUAACAUAGUUUAUUUAAAAAAAAGUUUUGAACUGUUAAAGCAAUUAGAUUGUUCCUUAUGAAUAAUAACAAUCAAAUUACUAAAUCCAUGAGAAAUUGACUGGUAAAAUACAAGCUUUUUCACAGCUUUACAGUAUACACAAUUGGGUAAUGGCUACUGUCAGCCUAUAUAUUUGUUCAACAUAGCCUGUUCAUAUGUUCAACAACGCCUGUAUUGUUAAAGUACCAAUAUAUUUUGAAAUGGUUGUAUAAAAAAAGUCGUUAAGAAGAAAUAGUUAACUCAAAUCAAUGUCUUCAUGUUCAUAUCAAGUAAUUAUUGUGUCUGUGUGAAGUGUCAUUAUGUUUGUCAAUGCAAUUAAUUAAAUCUGUGUCAAUUAAAUUAAUUAAAUCUAUGUUGAUUUUUGGAAGUGAAAGCAAUAUCUGUUGUUCAUCCAUUAAUCGCUUGUUAACUGAUAGAUAACUUCACUAUUAUCUAAAAACCUACAAUGCAUAGUAGAUUGUGAUAUACUGUUUGUAUUAUGAACCUGUUAAAUGUAAUUGGAAGUGAAAGCAAUAUCUGUUGUUCAUCUAUGAAUUGCAUAUCUAUCAAGUAUGGUUAUGACACAUUUUGGUAUGAGUGGAGACCACUUGCAGAGUCCUAUAGCCUUUGUGGAUUUAACCAAUAAACAUAAAAAAGGCAUUUGUGUGCCUAAUUAACGAGCUAUUUGGUGUAUUUUAUAUAUCUUAUACUAAAUGACUGUCUGAAUUCUAUCCCAUUAUCCAGAUAUUUUUGUAUCUGAAUAUUUGUUUACACCCCUAUAUAACUUAUUGCAAGAUUGUAAAACUUGUGAACUUUUUACCAGUCAUUCGUGCCAGUCUGUGUCUUGUUUCUUUUUGUUAUGUUCCUGUGCUUGCGGUACAACAUAUUUAGUUCACCUGAGCACAACAUGAUGAGCUUUUGUGAUCGCCUUUUUUAUGUGUUUUGUUGUCUACUGUGCGUCUCAAUGUUGUCUACUGUGCGUCUCAACAUUUGCUUUGUGAUCACUCUUGAGACUAUUAUUGCACAAUCUGUUUGAUAUUCUGUGAGAACUAUUGUCCCAAUUCCCCCUCUGAUGAGUUUGAAACUGGGUCAUGUGGCAUUAAAAUCUAGGUCACAAGGUCAAAAUUAAGAAAAAGCUUGGGAACAUGCUUGAAGUCAUAUUUAUUUGCAAAAUCUUCAUGAAAUAUUCUCUUAACAUUUGUUCUAAUCAUUUCUCUCACAAGUGAGAUCUGGUUAGUGUCCAUAAAAAAUGGCUGUAUAAACACGGCAGUUGUCUCUAUGUUGCUUAAGUAAGAACACUCUAGAAACAUUUUGAACAUUAAAUGUAUAACUUGCUCAGAACAUUAAAACAUUGUGUUUUUAUGAGAUCUGGGCUUAGUUUGAAAAUGAUUGUGUAUUGCAAUUUUUGUUGAAAAAAAAUAUGGCUGCCAGGUUUUGGUGCAGUUUUCCUUAUAAGUCUAUUUAUAAAACUACCUUCUCAGAACAGUUAAGGUCCUUGGAUGUCUCGGGUGAGUGCUGUAACGGCUGUUCUCUUUUUACCUCUUUAUGUUUUGCAUACUGUGGCUGUUCUGUUUCUCUAUGUUUUACUUAUACUUGACAUUGUUACUGAUAGAUUUUUUACUACCCCUCAAUGUUGUGCUAUGUCAGGAUGUAUUUGUCUUUAGUAUGAACAGAACAUAGUUUGCUUCAACAGCGUGAUAAAGAUUCUCACGUUCAUAUGAUUUUCUGGUGCUCCGUUCUGCAGAUAUACCUUGUAAUACAGGGCAUUGUACCCAUUCUAUUUAUAAACACCAUCAUUUGGUAUUAAACAAAGGGAGGGGAGCCUUUUUAUCCAAUUGUUGCUUUUUUGCAACAUUUUGUAUAAAGACACCUUAUAUAGACAUUAACUAGUCCUAGUCGUACAAUUUUGACAAAAAUGUUAGUAUUUAUCAUUUUCAACAAAGAAUUAAAUCACUAGAUUCAUGUGAUGUAUGGAAUGUAAAAGCAAUUUAAAGAUAAUAUUUGAUGUGUAUUAACCAUUGACCAGAGUCAUAUGAUUUAAAAAAAAAUCUGCUGUAGGAAUGUUCAUGUCCGCCUGAAAGCAUAACGUUUGUACAUAGUUAUCUAAGAAUUUUGUUUGAACUUGGACAGGUUUUUUUCUUUUGAAAUGUGUGUCAUUUUGAUUUGUUAAGUGUUAAAACUUGCAUUUUUUGUUUUGUAGCAUCCUGUUUGACAGUUCUAGUCAAUGUGUAUCAAACAUUCACCUUGAUUCUCCUCCCUCUGGUUUAAUGUUGCUACCACUGGUAAAAUACAUCUUCAUUUUUGUAAUCUUUCUUCAAUAUUGUUUAAACAGUUUUUAAUUGUUGUUUUUGUUGCCUCUUUGUCAUUUUACUGUGUCUGUUGAUCAAAGCACAUCAAAUCUCUUGUAUAAGGGUACUUCUGAUUACGCAAAGUAUUUGAUUGAAUGUAUCAUAAGUUGAAUCCAAAGCGUCUCUUUUGCUAUUUAAUCUUAUUUAUUAUUUUGACAUGUUACUAUAUAAAGUGUUUGGAAUAACACCCUAUGUUUACUAUGUUUUUCACAAAUAAUUGCUAAUAUGUUGUUUCUAUGAAAUUUGUUACCUAGUUGUAGAUAUGUUUUUGCUACUUUGGUGCUGAGAAAAUUGUAAAUAUUAUAUUAUGCAUUAUUUAAAAAUUAAGUCAGAGUUAUGUUUAUUGUAAUAAUUUCACAUACGCAGUCAAUAUUGGUAUAGAUGUUAAACUCAGCCAAUAACCAGAAACUUCAUAAAACCAUAAUAACAUGGUGUUAAGAUAUUGCAAUACAGCUAUUAUUGUUAUUACUUUACAGAAAUGUAGCUAAAAUGCCAAAUAUAAGUAUUACUGCAGUUGCAAAACAGAGACUCAUUUCCUCUAUUGAAUCUCAGACUCUCAAAUAUACUGUUCUUAUAUGUAUGAUAGCAACAGCUUUAGUCAUAUCUGUUAAGAAUGUAAGAGUAAGAUAUCUUCCAGUCAUAUGUCAUAUUGGUAUGUUUUUAUUAACCAGGUUUUCCGAAGGAAAAAACUGGUUAUUAGAUUGGCGAAUGCUGGCGGGCUGGCGGGCGGGCGGAACAAGCUUGUCCGGGCCAUAACUAUGUCGUUCAUUGUCAGAUUUUAAAAUCAUUUGGCACAUUUUUUCACCAUCAUUGGACGGUGUGUCGCGCGAAAUAAUUACGUCGAUAUCUCCAAGGUCAAGGUCACACUUUGAGUUCAAAGGUCAAAAAUGGCCAUAAAUGAGCUUGUCCUGGCCAUAACUAUGUCAUUCAUUGUGAGAUUUUAAAAUCAUUUGGCACAUUUGUUCACCAUCAUGGGGCGGUGUGUCGCACGAAAGAAUCACGUCAAUAUCUCCAAUGUCAAGGUCGCUACGACUAAAAAUAUUAUUUUUUUUUAAACAAACUUACAAAGGGGGUUAAUUUUGUUUGUUCAUUUCAAAAGUUCAGUUUGAGUUUUCUCCCUUUAUCAGAUUUUUUUUUCACAAUGAAAACCUGGUUUUGUGACAAUUUUGUCCCUUGUUUAUUUGUUAUCUUAUUCACUGUUUGCCAAAUGUAGCCCUUAGUUAUCCUAGACGCAUACAUGUAGUAUCCCACAUUCCAAAAGCUGACACCCACAUGCUGGUGCGCUAAUAGACUUCAAUUAAUUAAAAUUUGCCAAUUGUUGUUAAAUCUCUAACCACUACUGUUGACAGUGUAGUGUUGCUUUCCAUCUCUGUUUAUCACCGAGGUCGCUAGUUUUGUACGGUCGUAAAUAUAUCAAACAAAAUAAUUUGGCACUUUUUAAACUGCAGGCUACAUGUAAAAUAUUAUUUAAAUAUGCGUUAAAACAGUACAGUAGUAUAUACCUGUAUGUAUUUGAGUGGAUAUUUGGUGACCCAUUAGUGAUGGUUGUAUUACAUUAUACUAAUAUAAAAUGGGAUUGAGCAAUGACAGUGAACAUUUAGUGAGCUACACUUCCAUUUAAAAUGACCUCCAAACAAAGUUUUCAGGUUGUCUUCAGUAUAUCAUCACUCUUUUAAUAUUUGUUGUCGGAUGCCUAUAUGUCAGUUGUCACAUGCCUAUAUAUACGCAAGCCACGCUCUGGGUAAUAUUGGCUUUUGUCCACGAUUAGCCUGCACAGUCCUCACAGGCUAAUAAGAAGCGAUAUUAAAAACAGGAAGUGUCAUCCCAGACUUCAUUGAAUAAUGUGUGAUAAAAAUAGUUAAUUACUAACAUAUUUUAAUGGUCUCAUUUCAAUGCCCUCAUUUUUAGAACAUCAUGCUGCGAUCUCAUCAGCUUCACAUCUGCGUCUGUUCACCUCUUGUGUUUUGAUAUUGUGCUAUUAGUUCUAUGCUUUGUACAUUCUGCAUUAUCCUCAAUGUCUGUUCUAAAUGAAACAUUGUUUCUCCCAGUCAAAUGCCAGUGAACUGUGUUAGAUGUAUGUUGGUUAUUGUAAUGUAGGAUUUAUAACUGUUUUUACAGUUUAUAACCAUUUGCAUUUAUGUAAAUAAAACACUGAUAUCAAU